AAUGAUAUAUAAUGUUUUUUGAUACAAAAAACAACUUCCAACUCAAGUGGCAGGAAUGCAGCCAGCAGCCACAGGGUGUCAUUUCGGUCGGUAGUAAGUGAGUCGAUUAGCCCGGAGUGACAGCCAGACGAAGUAGGGUACGAAGUCGGAGAAAGUGGGCGGCCCUCAGCAUGGGGUCAGGGGGGGAUGGGGGUUUGCGCACGACCCGACUGAGAACCUGUUCACACCGGGAGGAAAUGUUCACACGGUCCCAAAGUCAAUUUCCAGAUAAAAGAAAGCCUCCUGCCUCGCGGGACUCCUUUAGAUCCGGCUGGUAUUCUCGCAUUUUACUACUACAUUGUUGUGAUGUUUUUGUACGUUUCUUUUUAUAUAUAUCAUUUAUUUUAUUUUAUUUGAAGCGCGCUCCUUCCUCUCAAUUGAUAGCAACUUCAGCACCACUUUUUUCCUGUUCUGGAAAAUGGACAGCGCAAAUGAAAACACACGCCUUCUAACAAAAGAUGCCCAACCAAGCUACACGUUUACCGACAGAGAUUUAAGGGUGCAAGAUUCCCCCAGAUUCAUGUGCGCCUUGGACAUGGAGAGCUUCCAGCAGCAGCACUGCCACACAAAGCUGGGAGAGACCAGUAGAGGUGAGCUGGAGAAGCAAAAGGCCCGCAGAAAGCUGUAUGUUGCAGCGUUGGUGUGCCUUUUCUUCAUGAUCGGCGAAGUAAUAGGUGGCUACCUGGCCCACAGUUUGGCCAUUAUGACAGAUGCUGCUCAUUUGUUGACUGAUUUUGCCAGCCUGCUGAUCAGUCUGUUUUCUCUGUGGAUGGCAUCAAGGCCUGCUACAAAGACCAUGAACUUUGGCUGGCAUCGAGCUGAGAUCCUGGGAGCUUUGGUAUCUGUGUUGUCAAUCUGGGUGGUGACCGGCGUCUUGGUGUACCUGGCCGUACAAAGGAUUAUCUCAAACAAUUAUGAAAUCGAAGGUGGGACCAUGCUGAUUACAUCUGGCUGUGCAGUGGCUGUUAACAUUAUAAUGGGAAUCACAUUGCAACAAUCCAGCCAUCUGCACAGCCAUGGCUCUUCAAAUUCAAGCCACUCUCAUGGUUCCCAGUCUAAUCACCAACAGAGCCCUAGUGUUCGUGCGGCAUUCAUUCACGUGGUUGGAGAUCUUCUGCAGAGCGUUGGGGUGCUCAUUGCUGCCUACAUCAUUUAUUUUAUGCCUGAGUACAAGAUUAUUGAUCCAAUUUGCACUUUCAUGUUUUCUGUGCUGGUUCUCAUUACAACGAUUGCAAUCCUGCGAGAUGUGCUGAUGGUGUUGAUGGAAGGCACCCCAAAGGGAAUGGACUUUAACCAAGUGAAGCACACUCUUUUGUCCAUCCCAGGAGUUAAGGCACUUCACAGCUUACACAUCUGGGCCUUGACAGUCAACCAAGCUGUGCUUUCUGUACAUAUUGCCAUCAUGGAAAAUGCUGAUGGACAGAUGGUCUUGAAGGAAGCAAAUCAACUGCUGCAAAACAAGUUUGACUUUCACACCACUACCAUCCAGGUAGAGAACUACUCGGAUGACAUGCAGGACUGCAGCCAGUGUCAAGAUCCCAAAGAUUAAAUUCGCAUCCGUACAUUUGCAUUUUGGGAGUGCAGUAUCACUUGGCUGUUACGCAGUGUUCCAAAAUGUUCAUCUGUUUUUAGGAGUGAAUUUGGGUGCACCCAGUCUGGGUCAUGCCAAGAUAAGGGCAUGAGUUUUGUGCUUUCAGUCCCAUGAUUGUCUGGUCUCUCCUGUAGGUGUAUUCAUCCGUAUGAAGUGCAGUUCUGGGUCUGCAACUGUGAGAUUUGGGAACUAGGGAUGCUUCUCUUUUCUAGGGAGUUCACUGUCUGGGAAAGCUAUUUAAAUGAGGGUUGCUUAUUUAAAAUUAGAACGUUUUCUUUCCUUUUUUGUUUUUUAAUAUAUAUAUUAUAUAUAUGUUUCAAGAGUGCUUUUUCCUAACAAUUUUUUUAUUUGUUUUUUGUCUUUCAAUCAAUAUAUAUAUAUAUUUACUACUAAGUUAUGCAAGAAAAAAGACCAAAUAAUUUGCCGUAGUGACUUGCCAUGCAGCAUUGCUGUGUAAUCCAUUGUUGAUGUGUCAUUCUGAGCGGUUGGAGGGAAUGCAGCAGGGUGUGGACUAUUUUACAGAAACAGAUUUAAUGGACAGUUUUUGAUUGCCUCAUCAGUGGAUCAGAUAAGUUUUGUAACUUUCUUGUAUUAGCUGUGUAUAUGAAUUUUUCAUAUUUAUAUUAUAUGCAGUAGUAGUAUGGAUUUUCAAUGAUUAAUUCAUAUUUUCUUCAAGACCAUCAGUCAUUUUUAAGAGUUCUUGGAUGUUGUAGGUAAAACAUUCAUGUUUUAAUGAACUGGUCUACCACAGAAGUCCAUUUUUUUUUGACUGAGGCAUUACCACACAUUUACAUAUUUCAACCCAUAUCUGUAUUUGCUGUGUAUGUAUAUUAUAUAUGAAUAUAAUAUAGGGUUUUGUGCAAAGUCCAUACACCUUACAAUCCCUCCUGUUCGUGAUCUCACAGAGAAUCCUUUAACUACCUCAUUGAUUCAGGUUUUUCACUUUUCUUCCUUUAAUGUUCUCCCUAAUUCAUUGUACAGUAUGUUUUAUUUUAUAGUGUUUUUGCCCAUACAAUGGUAUUUAUAAAGAAAUAAUUAAACCAUUAUAUACAGACUUAAUAA